CAAUAGAUUAUACAUAUCGGUUACGUCAUUUUAUUGAUUAUGAUUAAAGUGAUAAAAUUAUAAAAUAAACUAUAGUUUUGAAUAAUUUAAUUACUGAUCAAAAUUCUAAUGGAUAAUCAUUUAGCUUAGUUUGUUUUUAUUGUUUGAUUUACUCGUUUUGUUUGAUUAUUAUUCCUCGCUAAAAUGGUCCAAGAAUACCAAUCUCCGGUACGCGUUUACAAGUAUCCAUUUGAAAUUGUUAUGGCUGUAAGUGUAUUAUGGUUCAGUAGUCUGUCACUUUAUUAUGCAAAUGAAAAAUGUUCACCAUUUUCCUAAUGUUAUUUUAUUGUAUUUAUAUAGGCGUAUGAAAGACGAUUUCCUACAUCCCCAUUAAUACCAGUGUUUGUCGGAAGUGAAAUAACGGCUGAUACUACAACGGCUGAUGGUUCAAUAAGAACUACUGAAAGAAAGUGUAAACUUGUAGUAGAAGCGCCAUAUUUAUUAAAAAAGGUAUACCUAGUAAUAUUUUACAUAAAUUAAAUAGUAAUAUAUUUAUGAAUGUGUACUGUAUUUUUUAUUUUUAGAUUAUUGGUGUAGAUUAUGUAUAUUUUAUUCAAAAAAAUAUCCUAGAUAUGAGAGAACGUUGUUUGAAUAUAGAAGCAACAAAUGAGACAUUUUCUAAUCGUGUAAAUGUAUUAGAAAAAUGUCGUUAUUAUGUAAGUUGCUCAUAAUAUUAGUUAUAACAAUAGGCCUUCAAUUGAAUUUUUAUCAUAUUAUUAUUAUGUAAACCUAAAUAAUUUAAAAAUUUUAAGUAACACUAAUCAAAGCAAUUAUUUUAACUUAAUUGAUUCAACAUUGAAAUAAACAGUAGGUUAUAUAAAUAUAAAAAAAAAAAAACUUGUUUUGUGAAAUUGAAAUAGGUACUAAAAACACUUGUUUCAUAAGUAUAAAUUUAGUUUAUGCCCCAUGCUCAUUUUUCAAUUUUUUUUUUUUUCAAAAUGUGUGUUUUUACUUGUAAAUUAAGAAUUUAAAAAAAAAUCUUACAAACUUCGUUUGGAAGUUAUGGGAAAAAACUUCAUAAAGUUCAGGUUUUCUGUUUCACGUAUUUCUUAGUAAUAAUUAAACAUUUUUAAUUUUUUUUUCUUUUCCAAAAUGUGUGAAUUUCAAUGUUUAAUUCAUUAUAUAAUCAAAACUUACUUAUCAUACUUACUUUUAUAGUUAUUGUACAUAAACCUUGAAACAUAGCAUUUUUGAAAUUAAAGCAAAAUAUGGUCGUUUUUAUUAUUUUCAUGAUUUGUAAUUAUUGAUAUUUUGAUAAGUUUUUUUUUAUUGAAGUCCGAAUUAAUUUCAGAAGUCUAUCUGGCUUAGAUUUAAAGUUACAACUGUUCAAACCCUAGUGACCCUGCCAAGUCUCUAAGUGCACCCAAAAGUCUUUUUCACUUUUCCCUAAUACCUACAUGGUUUUACACAACAAAUCGAGAGUUAUUUUUGAAUAAAACAGUCCUAGCAAGCAAGUGACCUUGCCAGGUCUAUAUGUGCACCCAAAAUGCUAUUUUUCAAGAUUUAUGUACAAUAAAUUCAAAAAUAAGUAUGAUAGGUAAGUUUUGAUUAUACCAAUGGAUUAAGCUUUAAAAUUCACACAUUUUGAGGGAAAUAAAAUUUUAAAAAUGUUUAAUUCUCACUAAGAAAUACGUGAAUUGGAAGAAUCUGAACUUCAUAAAGUUUUCCUGCAACUUCCAAAUGAAGUUCGUCCAACUUUUUUUUUAUAUUCUUAAUGUACAGGUAAAAACACUUAUUUUGAAAACAAAAAAUUUUAAAAAUGAGUUUGAGUUGUAAACUAGAUUUGUUCCAUUUCAUUUUUUGUUUUAUUUAGUUUAUACAUUAUGGGCACAAAUAAUACAUGUAUAAAUAAUAUUAUUUUGUUGAUAUAUUUAAGUACCCAUAUAUAAAAUCUCAAAUUUUAAUUUCAUAUUUAAGCUUUCAAAUAAAUAUUUGUAACUAUUAAAAUGGGAAUUUAAUUUGAUAUUAUGUUUCAUAAUCAUAUUUCACAUAAAACAUUUUACUCAGGAAAUUUUUAUUUCUAAGCAGUGUGGAAAAGCCAUUUAUUAAGAUGUUUUUUUCUCAAUAAAUUAUUUUACCAGAUGUAAAAAAAUACAGACUUGGAAAGUUUCAGUAACAUAAUUAUUAUCUGAGUUUUACAUUGUUAAAUGUGGGCUUGACUUGGAAUCAUUUUUCAAAUGUUUUAAUAUGUACAUAAUAGUAAUAAUUAAUUAAUUAAUGUAUAUAUUUAGUUUUAUGAAAUAGUAAUUUACCUUAAUGUUUUAUUUACAUAUUUAUCAGGUUCAUCCUGAAAAUUCAGAAUGGACUUGUUAUGAACAGAGUGCAUUAUUAGAUAUAAAAUAUUUUUUGGGUUUUGAAUCAACCAUGGAAAAACUUGGUAUGAAACAAUAUAUUCAGAACAUUUCCAAGGGUAAAGAAAUAAUAGAAUUUUAUAUUGAAGAAUUAAAAAAAGAUGGAAUAACUAAUAUUCCACGUUGGAAGCCUUGUGGAAGUGAUCAACCAUGGUUAGUGUAUUUAAAGAAAUAUUUAUUAAAUUGAAUGGAAAAAUAAUUUAGGUGAUAAAAUAGUUUGUACAUUAUUUAGAGAUAAUUUAUUACUGAUUAAUAUUAUUGAGUUAUGUUGAUAUUAUUAAUAUUUUAAUAUUUUAAUUUUAUAGUGACUCAAAUAAAGUGGAUGAAAAUCUAAGUAUUAUCAGCAGAGAUAGCCCAACUGCAGGUAAAUUUUUUUUAAUUAGUAAUUGUACUUCCAUGAUUAUUAUUUAGGUUUUUUUAUUUUUCCCUUUUAUUAAUUAUUACUGAGUAAAUUAAUACAUGGUGUUUACUUUUUUAUCAGUAUAAAUGAGAAUUAACAAUAGAUUUUUAGAACAAUUUUGACAAGAACUUAUUUUUAUUUAGAUUUAAAAGAAAAUUGAAUUUGUGGUUAAUUUUAGUAUCUUAAUAUAUGAGUUUUCUACCCUAAAAUCCCAGAUAUUUCUCAUAAGAUUUUAAAAUCUUGACUGAUAAUUAUUUAUGUGAGUUAAAAAUGAGUUUAAAAAAAAUGAUUUAUUUACAUUAGGAAACUGUUUUGAUUACAAUAAUAAUGCAAUACAAUUUAAUAUUAUGACAAUUUUUGGUGAAUAUUUUUAUUGAGAUUAUGUGUAUGGUGUUGUGUGUUCAAAAAUAUAUGUAUUUAUUUUUAGUAAUUUGUUUAGUUAAUAUUUAUGUAUAUUUAAUGUAUUUACAGAUUCACAGUCAAAAGUAUGGUUAGAGGAUGAGUACAUUAAAAGAUAUAUUGGUGAAUUAACACCAUUACAGGAAUCAAAAUUGGUUCAAUUCAAAAAACAGUUAUCUCAACUACAAAAAUCUAAGGUAUAAUAUUUUAUAUUUUUAUCUAAGAUUUUUUUAUUAUAUAAUGUUAAUAGUUGUAGAAUGUGAUAUUUAAUAUAAUUAUAUUUAAUAAUUAUAAUUGUUUUAAAAAAUAUUGCGUACAAAAUAAUUCACUAAUUAAGAUAGUAUUUUACAUUCUCUAUUGAACAGAAUAACAAAUUGUAUUACAAUAUGCCUCAUAUUAUACUUGACAUUAUUUAUUCCUAAUUUGUUAAGGUUAUUUCAGGUUUCAAAAAUAAUAAUUAUGAUUCAGUUGCUUUGAAGUAUAUUAAGUAUAAAUUAAAAAGUAUUUUGUACCAAGAAAAAAGGCAGCACAAUAUUUUAUUAGCCAGUAUUCUGAUUCUGUAUUAAAUACAUAUAUUUUUGCAUUUUUAACUGUUGGUUAAUAUGUUUUUUUAAUAAAAUCAGAGAUUUUUGAAAUUGAAAUAGAACAUAUUUGCACACAAUAUAUUUUUGCCAAAAUCACCGAGUUUUAUUAAAGAAUAGUAUUUUUUUUUUAAGUUUAAUUAAUUUAAUGUUUACUGAUUGUGCCAUCUUUAGCUUUGGAUAUUUCCUUAAAAAAAGUGCUUUGUCUGGUAUAUGUACAAAAAUCAUGUUGUGUUACAAUAAUAACCACCGUAGAAAAAUAAAAGCUUUUAAAGUACCUAACAAAUUAACUCCAAUAUGAAACCAACCAGUGCCGCUGUUACACAUGCGCUGCCCUGAGUAGAACCAUGUUUUUGCGUCUUCCCUCUAAUUAAUCAAAUACAGUUAUUAUUGUUGAGCCUCCCCCCUUACAGUAGGCACCCUGGUUGUCCACCCCUGAUACCGGCCCUGAAACCAAUAUUAUAAAUAAUUAAAAAAAAACAUUAGAUGAUAUUUAUUAUAUUUAUUAUUGCAAAUUAGAUUUAAAUUUUUGUGUUGCAUGAUAGUGUUUAUAGUCAAAAGCUGUGCAGUUUUUGCAUAUGUUUUUGUGGUGACAUUUAUAAAUUUACCUAUUUCAUUUUUUUUUUUUUUUUUUUAUGAUCAUUUCAAUGUAAAAUAUCAUAAAUAUUUAUUUUAUUCUUAAUUUUAGUUGCCCAGUGAUACUACAUUAUUACGGUUUUUACGAUCUACUGAUUUUAACAUCGAAAAGGCUAGAGAAAACUUAUCUCUAUCACUUACAUGGCGAAAAAAACAUAAUAUUGACAAUAUAUUAUCAGAACAUGAAUUCCCUGAAGCGCUUAAGAAAUAUUUCCCUUGUGGAUGGCAUCAUCACGACAAAGGUAAGACAAAAUUAUUCAAGCUUUUUAGAGAAAAUAAAAAUUGCUUUAGUAGUUUUCUUAAUUAUUCUAUAACCAUACUGUUAUUAAUAAUACUUAAGUUUAAUUCUCGGUACUUAAAAGUUUAAGAGAAUACACUUGUAUAUUUUUUAUCAAUAAUAUUAUCAUAAAAUUAGCCGAGAGAUAAUAAAAUAAUGAGAAUAUUAUUUCUCAAUUGUGUUUCAAGUUUCAAAGUCGGCACCUAUUAAAUGGUUUAAAAUUAUGACACCUUUAGGCAAGGUCUUCUUUUUCUCCUUAGGCUUAUAGUUUUGCAUUUAGAACUAUCUCUGCUCCUAUGUUUAGCAAUGCAUUCAUUUUAUUUAACUUUUUUCUACUGUAUCAUACCAUUUGUGCUAAGGCCUACUUCUUGGUAUUUUCCCCAUUAGAUUGUUUACUGUAUCUUUCUUAAUAAGUGACUUUCCUACUCUCUAGUCAUAUCCUACUAACUGAGACAAGUCACACAUUUGACUUGUACAGUUGUCGUAAGUUUUCAUUGAUUCUUCUCUAGAAACUUUCCGAGUCAUUAUUUUAUAGCACCGCAAAGUCCACUUGGCUUGUAUUAUUAACCAUUUAAUAAAUAUUAAUAAAAUAAUUUUUUGUACAACUUUGUAUGUGUUUUACACUUUAUUUUUAAUCAUUGAUUAAUCAAAAUUAAAAACUAUUUUUUAACAUGUUCAAUCUUGGUAUUUGUUUUGUUUUUUAGAGGGGCGUCCUUUGUAUAUAUUACGUCUAGGCCAGAUGGAUGUAAAAGGUCUACUUAAAUCUGUUGGUGAAGAUUGUCUUCUUAAACAAGUAAAUAAUAAAUUAUAAUCUUAUUUAAAAUAACCAAUACUUUAUUUUGCAACUGAGUUAAAUUAUCACAAUUCCACCCAUAGAGCUGCUGAAGAAAUUUAUAUUGACCUAACAUUUUUCUUCCUAUGUAUUUUAUAUUUGACACUGGCCUGCACCACCUCAAUAUUCCUUUACUAAACAACUAUAACUUUAGCUGGAUGAGUUCUUCAAAUUGUCCUCUCGUAAAUGGCAUUGCGAAUAGUAAAUUGGUUUGGUCCUGACGUGAUACUUAACAAUCUAAUAUUAGAUUUAUCCUCUUCUGUCGUUUGUUUGAUACUGGUAUUUUUUCCUGGCCUGAUAUAUUAAUUCAACUAUCCUUAUUUUAAAAUCUGAAAAUUUUUUUUUAGAUUUAUUUAUUUAUAAAUGAAUAAUAAGCCAAUCUUAAAUCAUUCCUAUAUCCCCAACAUUUUUGAGUCACUUAUUCUUGAUUACAUCCAACUAGCAGCUAACAUAUUUCUUAUGAAUAAGUAGCAUUCCAGCCCAACUACUCAACUACUCAACCGUUAUGUCCAAUCAAAUUUUUUAUAUCUGUGUAUAUGAAAUAAUAUGUAUAUUAUUUUGUAUUUAGGCCAUGCAUGUGUGUGAAGAAGGUUUAAAAUUGACAAAAGAAGCUACACAUACAUCUGGCAAGCCGAUUACUACUUGGUGCUUAUUGGUUGAUUUAGAAGGAUUGAAUAUGAGACAUUUGUGGAGACCUGGUGUAAGUGCAUUACUUAGGAUUAUCGAGAUUGUUGAAUCAAAUUAUCCAGAAACACUUGGACGAGUUCUAAUAAUCCGUGCACCUAGGGUAUUUCCAGUCCUGUGGACAUUAGUGAGCACAUUCAUCAGUAAGGAAAUUGUAUUUAUUAACUUUUUUUUGUGUAAUGCAUAUAAAAGUAAAAAUAUUCUUUUGUAUAUUUACAUAUUUCAUACAUUUUUUAUUUUAUGUACUAGAUGAGACUACUCGUACAAAGUUCCUAUUUUAUGGAGGCAAUGACUAUCAAUCACCUGGCGGUCUCCCUGAAUUUAUUGCUGUAAAUGAUAUGCCUGAUUUUCUUGGAGGUUCCUGUAUAGUAUGUUCUUUAUACAUUUAAAAAUUAUUAAAUUGUAUCAAUGUAUAUUUUAUAUUUUUUUAUUGAAGGUUAAAAUUCCUGAAGGUGGUUUUGUUCCAAAAAACUUGUAUUUAAAGGAUGGAGAAUUAGAAAAAGAAGCAUGUACACUAACAGAAAAAAGUAUAUAUCAAUCCGUUACACUUACUAAAGGACAGGUAUAUAUUGAUAACUUUGUGUCCUAUAUAUUCACUUUAUAAUAUAUAUAUAUCAUUUUGUUUUAUUUAAGGCACAUGAAGUAUUUGUUGAGGUAGAAGAUGCUGGAUCAGUAAUUACAUGGGACUUUGAUGUAAUGAGACAAGACAUCAAUUUUAAUGUUUUAAAGUUAUUAGUUGAAGUUCAGCCCUCUACUCUUCUAAGUUGUGCAAGAGGUAAAAAUAAACAAUGCCAAGUUUUCAAAUAAUACAAAGAAAAAAAUAUGAUUGGUUAUUAUGAUUUAAAAUGUUUUAGUACAAUAAAAAUUAUAUUGUGCGAUAUUGGUUGCAAUGACCUUAACUUGAUUUUUCUAGUAAAACUUCCAUAUUAAUUUUACUAUUGCUUAUUAGACUAAGAUAAAAAUGAUUAUACAACAAGAUAUAAAUUAUUUCAAUUGCAAAUUUUAUUUUAUGUGUGUAAUUUUACCUCUACAUUUGACUUGUUUAAUUUUUUCGUUGUAUAUUAUAUAGUAUACUAAAGGAAAAAAAUAGAUUUAAAGAUUUUAAUAGCUUCCACUAAACUCCAUUUAUCUCUGUCUUAUUGUCUUUUGUUCUUCAGCCUUAUCGAUUCAAUCACUGAUGUCUAACUAUGAUAAUUGAGAUCUUUCAUUUGGAAAAUAUAUUUAAUAUUUAAAAAUAAUAUAAUUAUUAUUAUUUUUUUAAAUUUAAAUAAUUUAUAUUUUGUAUAUUCUACUAUUUUAGUUGAUUUUUAAUAUUUAGUAUUUAUAAAUAUUUGUUUGCUGUUUUAGGUAAUUUGAAUGUUAUAGAAAAAGGAUGGAAAGAAGGUGAACAUUAUGAAAAAGUUGAACAAACUAUAUUAUGUCACGACGGAGAGAGUGUUCAGGGUUCUCAUCUCACUACUAAAAGAGGAACUUACAUAUUACAAUGGUACUGGGCAUCAGAUAGUUUAAAUAUUAGUUCAGGACAUCAUACUAAAGCCAAAAUUAUGUAUUAUUACGAAAUGUUGAAAACUGCUGAUUAUCGGUAAUUAUUAAAAUUUUGUAUUUUUAUUUAUUUUUACCAUACAUUGCUAGAUAUUUGUUAAUAAUUUGGGAAUAUAUCAUAUUAUUUACAGGGGCUCAAUGUCUAGUUUGAUGUCGGCCAAUAGUAAAUUUUCUUCUCUUAGUAACAGAUAAACUGAUUACUGAUUUUUUAUUACACCCAAUUUUAUACAUUAUGAACCAUACUUUAUAUUAUGGACCAUACUUUUGAAAAAUAAUUAUUCUAUAGUACAUUUGAGACAAGUAUGUAGUAGAAUUAGUUAUACAUGUUAGUAAAUCCUCGUUUUUAUCUUAAGCAUUUUAAAUUUAAUAUUUUCGUAUUUAUUAGUGUUA